UUGUACAAAGAAAAAUAGUACUCAUCUCAUUACCGUGGACUUUUAUUAAACACACUUCACACUUCUCACUUGAGUUUAGUCUUGUCGUCACUUUUCACUUCGAUUCUCCUAUAUCAUCAUCAUCAUCAUCAUCAUCGAUCUGAGUCAUUGAGCUUAAUUCUUUAACAAAGUAAGACCAUUCAAUGGGAGAUCCAUCGGAGAGAUUGGGAUCGGAAGGUUUGGACUCCGGCGUCUCUGCUAAAUUCGAUGACUUGUGCAUGGAAAUUGAUCCGCCGUUUCAGGGAAACGCUGCAACUGCUGAGGAUUGGCGGAAGUCUCUCAAUAAAGUCGUCCCCGCCGUUGUCGUUCUAAGAACAACCGCUACUCGAGCUUUCGAUACGGAGUCUGCUUUCGCCAGUUCCGCUACUGGUUUCGUCGUUGAUAAGCGCCGUGGUAUUAUUCUCACCAAUCGCCAUGUCGUCAAGCCUGGACCUGUUGUUGCAGAAGCUAUGUUUUUGAACCGCGAAGAGGUUUCGGUGCAUCCUAUAUACAGAGAUCCAGUACAUGAUUUUGGGUUCUUUCGGUAUGAUCCUAGUGCUAUACAAUUUUUAAACUAUGAAGAGAUACCUCUUGCCCCUGAGGCUGCUUAUGUUGGAUUGGAAAUCAGAGUUGUUGGUAAUGACAGUGGUGAGAAGGUUUCCAUUUUGGCUGGUACUAUUGCUCGUUUGGAUAGAGAUGCUCCAGUGUAUAAGAAGGAUGGCUAUAACGACUUCAACACAUUCUAUAUGCAAGCAGCAUCUGGGACCAAAGGAGGAUCCAGUGGUUCCCCAGUUAUAGAUUGGGAAGGCAAGGCAGUGGCUCUGAAUGCUGGGAGCAAGUCUUCAAGUGCAUCGGCAUUCUUUCUACCUCUAGAACGAGUUGUAAGGGCAUUAAGGUUUCUUCAAACGGGGAGUGAAACUUAUGUUGAUAAAUGGAAGGCAGUUUCUAUACCUCGUGGUACACUUCAGGUGACUUUUCUCCAUAAAGGGUUUGAUGAGACUCGUCGGCUUGGCCUCAGAAGUGAGACAGAGCAGAUAGUACGACAUGCUUCUCCUGCCAGUGAAACUGGAAUGCUUGUUGUGGAAUCUGUGGUGCCAGGUGGCCCAGGCUAUAAACAUUUGGAACCGGGUGAUGUACUUGUUCGUGUCAAUGGUGAAGUCAUUACUCAAUUCCUUAAACUGGAGACUAUACUUGAUGACAGUAUAAACUCAAAUAUUGAAUUACAAAUUGAAAGGAGUGGUACAUCAAAGAGUUUAACUCUAUUGGUACAAGAUUUGCACUCAAUAACUCCCGAUUAUUUCUUGCAAGUCAGUGGAGCAGUAAUACACCCUCUUUCAUAUCAGCAGGCUAGAAACUUCCGAUUCCAUUGUGGUCUUGUCUAUGUGGCAGAUCCAGGAUAUAUGCUCUUUAAAGCAGGAGUUCCUCGCCAUGCAAUAAUUAAGAAAUUUGCUGGUGAAGAAAUAUCUUGCCUCGACGAAUUUAUAUCAGUUCUAUCUAAGUUAUCAAGAGGUGCUCGAGUACCAUUAGAGUAUAUAAGCUAUGUGGAUCGUCAUCGCAGGAAGUCAGUGCUGGUGACGGUUGAUCGCCAUGAAUGGUAUGCACCUCCCCAGAUAUACACUCGAGACAAUAGUACUGGCCUCUGGAUAGCUAAGCCUGCUUUUCAGCCUGACUCCCUUUUUCUAUCAUCUGGGGCUAAAGAUGCUGGAAAUCUGGCCAGUCGCACAACGUCAUUGAGUGAUGAGCAUGUUUGUGGGGGCCACGUGAGUGAAGGAAACAAUCAGGAGUUGGUCGAUGGUGUCACUAGCAUGGAAACUAAUUAUGAGGACUCUUCAGAGUGUAUAUCUCACAACAAUGGAUCUGACGGGGUUGUCAAAAAACGGAGAGUAGAUGAUUUAUCAACUGAUGAAAGUGUAGCUGAUUUGUCCUUAAAUGAAUCCCAGGAAACUAAGCUAGAAAAAUCUGGUGCUAUCCAGGAUGAUGGGUUUAUGGACUAUCAAGGUGCAACUGCUGCCACAGCAAAUGCGUCAUUCACUGAACGGGUGAUUGAGUCUACUCUUGUAAUGUUUGAGGUUCAUGUUCCUCCAUCUUGUAUGCUUGAUGGUGUUCAUUCACAGCAAUUUUUAGGAACUGGUGUCAUAAUAUAUCACUCUCAAGAUAUGGGAUUAGUUGCAGUUGACAGGAAUACUGUUGCAGUAUCUUCCUCUGAUGUGCUGCUAUCUUUUGCUGCUUUCCCAAUUGAAAUUCCUGGAGAGGUGGUAUUUCUCCAUCCUGUUCACAAUUAUGCUCUCGUAUCAUAUGACCCCUCUGCUUUGGGACCUGUUGGUGCUUCAGUGGUUCGUGCUGCGGAGUUACUUCCAGAGCCAGCAUUAAGCAGAGGGGAUUCUGUUUACCUUGUGGGCUUAAGUAGAAGCCUUCAAGCAACUUCUAGGAAAUCAGUUGUUACCAAUCCUUCUGCUGCUUUAAAUAUAGGAUCUGCAGAAAAUCCACGUUACAGGGCGACCAAUAUGGAAGUUAUUGAGCUUGAUACGGAUUUUGGUGGUUCAUUUUCGGGUGUGCUAACAGAUGAACAAGGAAGGGUCAAAGCUUUAUGGGGAAGCUUCUCUACUCAGAAGAAGAAAAAGAGAAGAAAGGUGAAAACUGGGAAAAGACGCAACGAGACAAUAUUUACUCGUACUCCAAAAGGCUACCAGAUGCUGAAAUUUGGUAGCACAUCAGAAGAUCAUCAAUUUGUGAGGGGCAUUCCAAUUUAUGCAAUAAGCCAGGUCCUGGACAAGAUCAUAUCUGGUGCAAAUGGGCCACCUCUUCUCAUAAAUGGUGUCAAAAGGCCUAUGCCACUUCUGAGAAUUUUAGAAGUUGAACUUUAUCCAACAUUACUUUCAAAGGCUCGCAGUUUUGGACUAAGUGAUGCUUGGAUUCAGGCGCUUGUUAAGAAAGACCCCAUAAGACGACAGGUUUUACGUGUUAAAGGUUGUUUGGCUGGAUCAAAGGCUGAAAAUCUUUUGGAGCAAGGGGACAUGGUUUUAGCAAUCAAUAAAGAACCAGUCACACGCUUCCAUGACAUUGAAAAUGCUUGCCAAGCUUUAGAUAAAUCUAAUACCAAUGAUGGCAAGCUUCAGAUGACUAUUUUUCGGCAGGGACGAGAGAUUGAACUUCUUGUGGGAACAGAUGUUAGGGAUGGAAAUGGCACAACUCGUAUAGUUAAUUGGUGUGGUUGUAUAGUUCAAGAUCCACAUCCAGCAGUACGUGCUCUUGGAUUUCUUCCUCAAGAAGGUCACGGUGUAUAUAUGGCAAGAUGGUGUAAUGGGAGUCCAGUACAUAGAUAUGGUAUGUAUGCUCUUCAAUGGAUAGUUGAAAUUAAUGGAAAGCCAACUCCUGAUCUAGAUUCUUUUGUAAAUGUGACAAAGGAACUAGAACAUAGAGAAUUUGUUAGAGUAAAGACAAUUUAUCUCAAUGGUAAACCACGAGUCCUAACGUUGAAACAAGAUUUGCAUUAUUGGCCUACAUGGGAAUUGAGGUUCAAUCCAGACACCGCAAUUUGGCAUCGUAGUGUAAUCAAGGCAUUGAAUUGCAGUUAAUAUGAAUGAGUAUAAUAAAAAUAUUGUAUUAUUAAUAAACAUCUCUAUAAUCAUUAUUAUUUAUACACAUCCUAUAUACUAUGCAUACCAAAUAAAAAAAACAUAUACAAAUAAUCUUUAAAAUUCAAAUAUUUGAUUUGUGAUUUGUUGUAUAAUUAUCCUAUUAAUCCAAAUAUUUGUAUCAUAUUACAUUUGUCAUGAUUAUUAAAUAUUUGUUUUCAUCUAA